AAGUAUUUUCACCGGUCAUUGUAGUAACACGGACGCGUUUCGCCGAACACCACAACUGAUUGUGUUUCUAUUACACAAAUAUUCAACGCCUUGAAGAAUGACAUAAAUCGCCUCGAAACUAAUGUUUAUAAGUUUUAAGCUUUGAUGAGUGAUAAAAGGCAGCGAGCGAGAGUCCAGGGCUCCUGGGCCAAACCUCUUCCCAAACCCCAACAGCCAGCCGCUCAAGAUGUCCGGUCAGUAUCAGGUUCAUGGAAAUGUGGACCACAGUCAUUUGAGUUCCAUCAGCCAGCUGAUCCCAUCAGAGAGAUUCCCAUGGAGAAAGUCAUCGAAAAAGCCGGUGACUAUGAGAUUAGUCAAGGGCCCACUGGAGUGUCCAGACUGAGACUCAUACCGGGGUUUCUACAGCAGGAGGAGGCUGACUGGAUGUUUAGCAAGCUGCUCGCUGAACUGCCCUGGUCACAAAAGACCAAUUAUAGGAUGAUGGGUGAUGCAUAUGAUGAACCCAGACUCACUUGUUGGUAUGGAGAGCUGCCGUAUACAUAUUCACGCUCCACUAUGGAGGCCAACGCUCAGUGGCAUCCAGUACUUAACACUUUACGUCUGGCUGUUGAGGAGAAGAGCGGCCACACAUUUAACUCAUUGCUGUGUAACCUGUACCGGGACGGUAAGGACAGCAUUGGCUGGCACAGUGACAGCGAGCCAUCAUUAGGACCUCAGCCCAUCAUCGCCUCUCUGAGUCUGGGCGACACUAGAGUGUUCAGUCUCCGAAAGCAGCCACUUUCUGAAGACAAAGGAGACUACACCUAUGUGGAGCGUAUACGCAUCCCGCUGACCCACGGGACCCUCCUGCUCAUGGAAGGCUGUACGCAGGCGGACUGGCAGCACCAGGUGGCAAAGGAGUACCAUGACCGCGGGCCGAGGAUAAACCUCACGUUCCGCACCAUAUACCCAGAGCCGGAGCGUCCCAGCGGGAGAUUUGUGAGAUGAUCGCUGGGAAAAGAAAAGAAGAGACCGCAGGUUUAAAGAGAUCUGGAGAGGUCGGUCUCAUUCUAAAGAGCACCACUGUUGAGUUGAAUUAUUUAUUUACGUUUGAAAGUUCACUUUUGAUUAAAGACCCUGAACAAUGAUAAGCUUGUCUGGCUAUGACAGCAUUUUUGUUUACAUAAGUGAUUAUUUUCUCACAGCAAUUGUUCACAAUUGCUUAUGUUAUAAGAAAAGUUUAUUGGUAUUACUAAUUUACGAUGUUUGGAGAACAUACGUCAAAAAAGCAGUGCCAAGUGGCCCAUAUAUCAGUUACGGUGCCCCAAAGGCUCUUUUUCUAGGUAAAUUGCUGUUUAAAUAUUACAUGUUGUGCAAUUUUUCAUUUAUAGCCUGUGGUGAAUAAACCCGAAUUACAAACAUUUGUUCAGUAUCUUUAUGGGGUUGGUUACACUGGCGUUCAAAUGUUUAGAGUCUGCUUUAUUUAAUUAAACAUACGUUAGAAGCAGUAUAUUAUUGUGAAAUAUUAUUCAGUUUAAAAUAAAGAUUUCUGUUUGAAUAUAUUUAAAAAUGGAAUUCAUUCCUUUGAUAGCAAAGCUGAAUUUUCAGCAUCAUUACUCCAGUUUUCAGUGUCACAUGAUCCUUUACAAAUCAUCCUAAUAUGCUUUUUGAUGUUUAAAGUGCCCCUAUUAUGCCAUUUUUAAGGUUAAUAUUGUUUUGAGAGUCUCCUACAAUAGGCUUACAUGCAUGCAAGGUCAAACAAUGCUUUCGUUUUCUGAAAACAUGCGUUUAGUAUCAUCUCAUUUUCCAGCGAUUCUUGAACGAUU